CAAUAUUAUAUAAACCCUCUCUUUCUUCACAUGAAUCUAUACUUUCUUAGCAUAAAACCCAACUUGCACAAACACUCAUCACCCUCUAUUACUCACAAAAUGACACAAAACAUGCAUUUUUCCGGUGAUCAUUUCACCAUCAUAGCCACCAGUACCCACGGCGACGGUGGCAGUGGCGGCGGCGGUGGUGAUGGUGGUGCACCUACUUCUUCUCUUCCGGUAACCUUUCUUGAACCCAUCUCACAAGAUUCAAGAUUUGAUCAACCCUAUCGAACUCACGUAACAAAUUACCAUGCAAAAAUAAAAAAUGACCAUAAUACCCUUGGAAGGACAUCCGUAUGUGCAGCUAAAUCUAAGAAGCAGUUUAGAGGGGUACGCCAACGGCAUUGGGGAAAAUGGGUGGCGGAAAUCCGGUUACCGAGAAACCGAAUGCGGGUGUGGCUUGGAACGUUUAAAACAGCUGAGGAAGCUGCGUUUGCGUACGAUACUGCCGCGUAUAUGUUACGUGGCGAUUUCGCACACUUAAACUUCCCGAAUUUGAAAAGCCAGUUGAAGGCGAAUUCGGUUAGUGGUAACACUGCUGCCUUGCUUCAUGCGAAGUUGCAAGGCGUACCGAAGGCGGUUAAAGGGGUACCGCCAUCAUUACCGGAGGUGGUUGUUGAAGGGGUAAAGAAACCGCGGUUGGAACCGGGGUUGUUGGAUGUUGGAGAAGAGGUUCAGCUUAGUAAGAUGCCGUCUUUAGAUAUGGAUGUGAUUUGGGAUGAUCUUCUUGUUUUGGAUUCGUGAUUAUUUGAUGAUAAUGUAUGAUAUGAAGAAUGUGGCCGGAUCGGGCGUCUUUGGCGGUCUUUGAUCCCGAGCUAAUGUUAAGUUAGAAGUUGGAUGUCAUGGUUUGAUUAGUUUCUUAAUUCGGUUAUUGUUUACGCAAACGAAAUGUAUACUAUGUUUCCGGUUUUCUUGUGUUAUCUAGUCGGGUGAAGGCGUUUUUGUUUUGGUAAA